AUAUUUAUACCUUUUCCUUUAUAUAUUUGAAAAGUUUAUGAGAGGGGGUUGGCAAUGCCUUGUGACAGCUCACACAUGGGGUCCUUUACAACACUGUACAAAUCAUAAUCCAACUAAGCUAUGCUCUCUCUCUCAUUUAGACAGACCUAUGGCCUAUUCAACCUAUGGACUAUUGGUAUUGAAGACGGCAUUUAUUUCACCUAUCAAUUACACAUAACUUUCAACCUCACUAUCAGUUACACGUACCUUUAGUUAUGAGCGAAGAAGAAGCCAAGAAAGUGGAAACCGCUGAAGCUGUUGCGGAGGAGAAAGCCAUCGUAUUAUCUACUCUACCUCCUUCGGAAGACAAAUCCGAUGAUUCCAAAGCUCUUGCCAUCGUUGAACCCGAAUCUAAAGCGCUAGUACCUGUUGAGAAGAAGGGAUCUAUUGACAGAGAUGCAGCUCUUGCACUAUUAACGACAGAGAAAAGAUUGUCGCUAAUCAAAGCAUGGGAAGUAAGUGAGAAAUCAAAAGCUGAAAACAAAGCUCAGAAAAAGAUAUCUGAAAUUCUUGCAUGGGAGAACAGCAAGAAAGCAAGCUUGGAGGCUGAUCUAAAAAUGACUGAGGAGCAAUUGUUGAAAAAGAAGGCGGAGUACAUUGAGAAAAUGAAAAAUAAGAUUGCUCGACUCCACAAGUCAGCAGAAGAAAAAAGAGCAAUAAUUGAAGCUAAACGUGGAGAAGAUCUUCUUAAUGCAGAGGAGAUAGCCGCAAAAUGCUGUGCCACUGGAACUUCUCCAAAGAAACCGCUCCUUGGAUGUUUUUGAAGUGGAAACUACCAGAUCUGCAUCACUGGUUAUAAAAGUUUGUGGAUUGGAGAUUUCUUUGCAUUAGAAACAUUGUGUGAUUAUGCCUUGUGGAAUCAAUUGCUUUCGUUUUUAUGAGUGCAUAAUGAUUCGAGUGUAUAUAGAACACCGGAGAAAAUUAACUCUGGAAUUGUAUUGAAAAAGCUUGAAAGAAACCUACCAUAUUAGCAAUG